CAGGCGCACCAUGAACUUCCGCACAGCUCACUUCUUCUGCAUCAUCAAAGUUGACAGCAGAAACACGCAAAGUUAAGAAAGUUGACAGUUCAUCUGAAAGCCAACGGCUGAAGCAGUGGAUUAUUGAUUUCUGACAACAUGGUUUCACUGACUAUGAUCGCUCGUGUGGCGGACGGUCUCGCGCUCGCUACGUCCAUACAGGAAGAUGAGCAGUCAGUAAGGGACCUCCAGCAGUACCAGAGUCAAGCCAAGCAGCUGUUCCGCAGACUGAAUGCUCAGAGCCCAGACCGCUGCACCCUGGAGGCCGGCGAUAUGAACUUCCACUAUGUAAUAGCACAGGGUGUUUGCUACCUGUGCCUUUGUGAGGCUUCUUUCCCCAAAACGCUGGCAUUUGCAUACCUGGAGGCCCUCCACACUGAGUUCAUUGAGCAGUAUGGGAAAAGAGUGCCCACAGUGACAAGGCCAUACUCCUUCAUUGAAUUUGACACCUACAUCCAAAAAACAAAGAAGUCAUACAUUGACAGCAGGGCCAGGAGGAACUUGGGCAGUAUUAACAAGGAGCUGCAGGAUGUGCAGCGAAUCAUGGUGGUAAAUAUUGAGGAAGUUCUGCAGAGAGGAGAAGCUCUUUCUGCUAUCAACACCAAAGUCAGCAAUCUCUCCAGCUUGUCGAAGAAGUACCGCAGCGAUGCCAAGUACCUCAACACCCGUUCCACGUACGCCAAAGUGGCUGCUGUGUCCGUGUUCUUCCUCACACUCAUCAUCUAUGUGCGUUUCUGGUGGCUCUGAUGGACUCUAACACACAAGCACUUUGACAUGAGGGAGGUGUAUAUUCUUGAAACAAGCAUUUACAGUGACACUAUUGCAUUUCUGAGUGCCUUAUACUCAUUCUUUUGCUGUUGAAGGUAGAGAUCUUUCUUUGCUUUAGCUUUGUUAUAUUUUGUGUACGGCAUUGACUGAGCCAUAGGUUUGUGUUAGUCAUGACUGAAGAUUGUAUAUUAAGAUGCACCGCUCAUCAGCUGACUGUUGAGAGCUUACCCUGCUGACUUGCUGCAGUAUAAACCCAGUCUCCUUCAUGUUAACAAAUGGGACAUGGGUCAGACUAUUGAGUUUAAAUUCAUGUAAUUUUUUUUGUAAUUUCUGUAUUUUUAGUUUGUAUUGGCUGAUUAAUGCAAAGUGUUCAUUUUUCUGACUAAUCAGGUCUUUGGACCUGAAUGAUCUGCACGUUUAAUGCGUGCUUUGGUUAGCAGAGGGGCUCUGACAUCGAUCCCAUAGUUCCACCAGCCAUACAUCCCUCCUGCACAUGGAUGCCAUGGCUCUAAAUUACAUCACUAGCAUAUUAAGUCAUCUGUUGCAGGGCUUCACUUUUGUACAACAAAAGGAGAUGGACAUCCUUACUAACAUACAGUCAUGGUCAUGGGGUGUUUAUGUACCUGUUUACUGGAAUAUUUAGAGCAGGGAGUUGAUUGUAAAUAAAUGUUUACACACUGUUAAAAGGGUUCUUUUCAGAGUAUUAGCAUUGAGGGGAGACCAUACAGAGAGGUUGUGUUAAAGUCUUAAAAUUGUUUUAAAUGAAUGUUUAUUGUUUGCAAUGUUUACAGUGUAAAAAAUGUCCUGUUAGAAAGAAUAAAUAUUUAUCAAAUAA